AUGAUGUUCCUUCUGAUGUUCUUGGUGCCCAAAGUAGUUACAGUGAAGUGCCUGGAAGGUGAACCCUUCCUUGUCCCACAUGAGUGGUACCAGCCUGGUGACCUUGUUGUUGGUGGGAUGGUGUCUCACAUUCUUUACCACGGUUAUGAAAUUCAAUUUAAGGAUUAUCCUUCUCUAAAAUCUUAUGACUUACCAGUUGUAAUAACCAAAUUCUACCAGCACAUCCUUGCCUUGGCCUUUGCUGUGAAGGAGAUCAAUGAAGACUCCCAGAUCUUACCCAACAUCACUCUCGGGUUCCACAUCUACGACAGUUACUACAGCCCAAGGAUGACCUAUCGCACCACUCUGGACCUGCUUUUCAAGUCCAAGGAAUUUGUCCCAAACUACAAAUGUGACAGCCAGAAAACUCUCAUGGCCAUCAUUGGGGCACCUGGUUCUGAUACUUCCUCAUAUAUGGCAGAAAGUAUAAGUGUCUACAGGAUUCCACAGUUGACCUAUGGCUCUCUUGCCCAGGAAGAGUUUCAGACACCAAAGUUAUCUUUACUUUACUGCAUGGUCCCAAAUGAGGACCUUCAGUACAUUGGAGUUAUCCGACUUCUUCUCCAUUUUGGAUGGACGUGGAUUGGAGUCUUUGUUUUUGAUACAAAUAACGGAGAGCGUUUCUUGCAGAAACUGCAGCCACUGCUUUCCCAGAAUGGCAUCUGUUUAGCUUUCACCCAGAAAAUUCCACAAGUAGCCAACUUUGAAGACUUGUCAGAAGUGCUUGAUGCAAUCUCAAUUAUUUCUGAAUUCCCCUCAAUGAUCAGUGAAACCUGUAGUGGGGAAGAGAAUUUGGAGAACCUGCCUGGCCCUUUGUUUGAGUUUCAGAUGACUGGCCAAAGCUACAGCAUUUACAAUGCUGUUUAUGCAGUGGCCCAUGCUUUGCAGGAGAUGCUCCACAAGUUCCUUCAAGGCAUUUCUUUUAACAACUCAGCUGGAGAAAGAGUCUUCUUUAAAGACAGAAGGGAAGGUCCAGGUGGUUUUGACAUCCUCAACAUCAUCACUUUUCCAAACAGAUCCUUCCAGAGAGUUAGAGUUGGCAAGUUACACCCCAAUGCUCCGAAAGGAAAAGAAAUCUCCCUUGGGGAGAACAGCAUCCUUUGGCACCCAGGUUUUAACCAGGUCCUUCCUGUUUCCCUGUGCAAUGACCACUGUUCCCCUGGAUUUUGGAAGAGAAGGGCUGAAGGGAGACCCUUCUGCUGCUAUGACUGUGUUCCAUGUCCAGAAGAAAAGAUUUCCAAUCAAAUUAAUACCGAUGACUGUUUCAGAUGUCCAGAUGAUCACUAUGCAAACCAAGAAAAAAAUGAGUGUCUGCCCAAAUCUUUGGUCUUUCUGUUUUAUGAGGAACCUCUAGCAAUUGGUUUAGUCACAAGUGCUAUUUCUCUCUUCCUCAUGACAACCUGGGUCCUUGGGACUUUUGUUAAGCACAGGGAUACUCCCAUUGUUAAAGCCAACAACCGGGCCCUCACCUACACCCUCCUUGUCUCUCUCCUCCUCUGUUUUCUCUCCUCUUUCUUCUUCCUCAGCCCACCUGGCAAGGUGACCUGCCUUCUCCGACAAUCCACUUUUGGCAUCAGCUUCUCAGUGGCCAUUUCGAGUGUCUUGGCUAAAACGAUCACGGUGGCUCUUGCUUUCAUGGCCACCAAACCAGGAUCUCAGAUCAGGAAAUGGGUUGGGAAAGGAUUGGCCUUUUCUAUUGUCCUGUCCUGUUCUCUCUUCCAGGUAUGUAUUUGUGUUCUUUGGUUGUCAACAUCUCCCCCAUUCCCUGAGUUGGACAUGCACUCAGAAUCCAAAGAAAUCAUUUUACAAUGCAAUGAGGGCUCAGCCUCCUUCUUCUACUGCAUCUUGGGCUACAUGGGUCUCUUGGCCAUGGCCAGCUUCACUGUGGCUUUUCUUGCCCGUAAAUUACCUGACAGCUUCAAUGAAGCCAAAUUCAUCACCUUCAGCAUGCUGGCCUUCUGCAGUGUGUGGGUCUCCUUUUUUCCAGCCUAUCUGAGCACAAAAGGAAAAGCCAUGGUAGCUGUUGAGGUCUUCUCCAUCUUGUCUUCUGGUGCUGGGUUACUGUGCUGUAUUUUUCCCCCCAAAUGCUACAUCAUUGUUUUCAGGCCUGAUGAGAACAGUCCCAAC